AAUUUCCUGUCUUGAUUAGCUCCAUGACAGCACUUUUGACAACGAUAUAGAUUAAUCUUGCACUGGAAUCUGUUAUUUAAUCUUGAAGCAUUUGGUACAAUAUGGUACAGGAUGGUUACAUGUAGAUUAUUCGCGUGGCAUAUAACAUAAAAAUAUGCAAUACAAUUAUCAGAAACUGAUAAAAGCUUAAAAAUUCAAUUUCGUACUACAGGUACAGCUCCAUGUCAAAAGGGUGAUGCAUGGAAUCCUGUGUCACGUAUCCUUGCCAGUCAAUGGGGACGUCGAUUCUCUGGGUCUCGAAUUCGGGAAUCAAAGUCAAGGCAAUGAGGUUACAGCGAUGCAUAGUAAAGGACUCGUUGCGAAGAGUGGUAGCCCUUCUCGGCCACAGGCGUAUGGUGUCGUCUACAGUGGAAUGCUUGUAAAUUGGGGCUUAGCUGAGAUAAACCAGUCACCAGUUUCUUUCGACAGCUCACCAGCAGACGUACGGAAUCAAAUUCAGCACUCAGGGUGUGAGCUAGCCCUUGUUUUCAUUCCAAUGGACCUCAUAAACGUCUUUAAGGAAAAACUGUGUGGAGAAAGCACUGAUCAGACAUCUACAGGAGAAGGCAAAUGUUAAGCCACAUUAACGACGAUUUGCAAGCCAGAAACCCAGAAAUUCAUCCAAUC